UCGACGUUAUCUCGAACAAGGGUCCGAGAGAAAUGUCGCAGUUAGGGACCGGGGUCACGUUUCGUCAGCCGAGUUCACGAGUCAGGCUCACAGUCCUAUCCGAUAAGCACAAGAUGAGGGCGUGGAGAACUAAUGUUUACGUACGGCUCGCUGAGAAGUGGGACAGAGUGGAGACUGCACCUGUCACACGGUCGGCCACAGAGGCACGCCGGCUUGCAAAUGAGCCACUGCAAGACGGUGUAUAGGAAGACCACAGUAAGUACAUGGCCCACUGUACAGAUACCAGCUGGUCAUAAGGCGUCGGGUCUGCUGUCCACAGAGCUGCCAUGCUGAGAGGAGGCAGAAACGGCCGGGCUCGGCAUUUGGCCUGGAGCGAAAUUCAGCAAGAGGCAGAUGCUGUGGCAGUGAUCCAGACUCUGGACAGAGAGGAGUGGGAAGGCCAGACGACACAGAUCAGCGACUUGGAGUCUGAAGGGGAUUACCCGGCGAGUUCCCAGACCAUGUCCGAGGUGGUGGCCUUGCCCAGCACAGUACCGGUGACAGGGGAGUCUUUCUGCCAGUGUGACCAACAGGAAGAGCUCAGCCCAGGAUUCACUAAUAUCAGCGACUGCCUCUGUGGGGAGGAGGAUCAGGGUUUUGACUGGGUAUGGGAUGAGCACUUCAAGUCCUCCGGAGCCUUCCUGAGCUAUGACAACAGGAAGGUGAGCUUUCACUCAGACUACAGCUGCGGCACAGCUGCCAUGCGUGGCACCAAGGAGCUUGCAGACGGCCAACACUUCUGGGAGGUCAAGAUGACCUCUCCUGUCUAUGGAACCGAUAUGAUGGUGGGAAUUGGAACUUCAGAGGUGAACCUGGAGAAGUUCAAAUACAGCUUUGGUAGCCUGCUGGGCCAUGAUGAAGACAGUUGGGGGCUCUCGUACACAGGUCUUCUCCAGCACAAAGGGGACAAAGUGAAGUUCUCCUCUCGAUUUGGGCAAGGCUCCAUCAUAGGAGUGCACCUGGACACCUGGCACAGUACCCUGACCUUCUACAAGAAUCGGCACUGCAUAGGUGUCGCUGCCACAAAGCUGCAAAAUAAGAAGUUCUACCCCAUGGUGUGCUCCACAGCAGCCAAGAGCAGUAUGAAAGUGAUCCGUGCUUGCCAUACACACACCUCCCUGCAGUACCUUUGCUGUGCCCGGCUCCGCAAAAUGUUGCCCUGUGGCCCAGACGUACUUAGUGCUCUGGAGCUGCCCCCAGGCCUGCGCACCCUCCUCCACACACAGCUGGGAUGGGUCUUCACCCUUAAAAGCAGCCCUGAAGCCUCACAGCAGCACAGUGACUUACCUGAGGACUUCCACAAGGAAUUGAGCCUGCUUCCGAGCCCCAGCGCCAGCUCGGUCCCGGGCGUGGUAUCCAACCUGAGUGCCUAUGCCUGCCCGAGCCCCUGCACCAGUCCGUUUCCUGACACAGUCUCAUACCAGUGCCCCUGUCAGACGUCACCCCACACGCAACCCUGUACCUGCCACUGCCCUCCGACUCCUCCCAGCAGCGACUACGAUAGCUGCUGCUAUGAGCCAGAGGAUUACCAACGCAAAAGAUGCCGCUGGACAUGACGUAUGUAUAUAUGUAUUUGUGAGUGUUUGGCACACAGCUAUUCUACUAUUGCCAUCAAUGUCUCCUGUUUUAAAACAUGGAUAAAAGAGCAAUCUUGUCUUUUAGCCAAUAUUUGAGUGGAUUGUUGCUUCUUUUUUAUCUAGCAAUUUUGUGUCAUUCAAACAACUAUGUCAAUGAAUGGGGAAAAGGGAGUGAGUCUGUAGUGUGUGAGACAUUUAAUGCAGUUGAGAUAUUAAGAGUGACAAUGGUGUCAUUCAUUCUCAUUUUAGACUGUUUCUAUCAUGGGGAUAAUAAG